AUUUUGUAAAGACUUUCAUAUUUCUUUAUCAUCUAACCAAAUGCACAGUACCUGAUUUCAGAAACCAUGAUUUAUCUCUGGUUGCUCUCAUGGGCAUGCAUCAAUUUAAGCUACGCUCAACAGCAUUAUGACUACUCUGAGUGCUCUGCAAAUACUAGUUUGCCAGGCUCAAGAUAUACUUGCAAUUCCUUCAGAAAUUCAUGCAAUACAUUCAUAGUUUACAGAGCUAACACACAAUUUCAGACUCUCUCAAAUAUCACUGCUUUGUUUCAGAUUAACUCCAACGCGUCCAAUGAGGUACUUCACUUGAACAAGCUUACAUCCUCUUCAGAGAUACUCAAAUCGGGUAGAGAAGUUCUUAUUCCCAUUAAUUGUUCCUGCUCAGGCCAGUUUUUUCAGACAAAUUUCAGUUACACAGUCCCUGGAAACACAACAUAUUCAGAUAUUGCUUGUGGAGUCUUUGAAGGUUUCCUAAAACCUCACACACUUUCCGAAGAAAACCUGUCUCAAGAAAAUGGUGUUAAGGUUGGUUCUGAGCUUAAUGUGCCCUUGAGAUGUGCCUGCCCUGACAAUAUUUCUAUUAGUGAAGGAGUGAAGUACCUUUUGACAUACCCUUUUGUUGAAAAAGAUGACCUAAGCUUAUUGUGCGAGAAAUUCGGCAUCUCCCUUGAAGAUCUGUGUGCAGCAAACCUUGUAGCCCCUAAGCCUACCGUUUAUCCAACAACAACGUUUCUGAUUCCCCUGAAAUCGGAUCCGAAUAUAAUUUUUGAUAUUACUGAUUUAUCUCCACCUCCUGCUCCUGGUUUUCUUCCAACAAUUUCCAUUAAGAAAACGAAUAAAGUGAACUUAAAGACUUUGUAUAUUGUAGGAUCAGUUGUUGGGUUCACUUUGUUGCUUGUAGCAUUGCUUGCUUGUGGAUUGUAUGUGAAGGCCUUGCGCAAAUGGAAGGGUGGGAGGAUACAAUCAUUCAAUACCAGAAGCUCAACUCAAGUUUCAUUUUCAACCGCGAGAAGCUCUCCUCGAUCUGGUCAAACUGGUCACAGCUCUGCAAAUUCAUAUUUAUCUCCAGAUCUCCUUGCAGGAAUAAAGUACUCUUUGUCAAGUUACAGUAUGGAGGAUCUCAAAAGAGCAACAAAAAAUUUCGGUGAAGAUACCAAAAUUGGAGACCAAUCCUUUAAAGGGAAGAUUGAUAAUGUUGAAGUGAUGAUCAAGCAGGUGCGGUUUGAAGAUACCCGACAGGUAAUCGAUGUAAAUUCGAAGAUCAAUCACAUAAAUAUAGUGAGUUUACAUGGUGUUUGUUAUGGAGAUAGUGAUUUUUCUUGGUCAUAUGUUAUGUUUGAAUUCCCUACCCUUGGCUGCCUAAGGGGCUGCUUGUCUAAUUCAUCUAGUCUUCUUAAUUGGCAAAAACGAACACAGAUAGCUUUUGAUAUUGCUACAGGCCUGCACUAUCUGCAUCAUUGUAUUUUCCCAACCUAUGCACACAUGAGUGUAAAUACUAGGAAUAUAUUUAUAACAUCAACUUGGAGAGCGAAACUCGCAAGUAUUGAAACAAACCAUGCUGCUGGAUCUUCAAAAGGAAAUGAUAUUUCGGCAAGUGCCAAAGGAUGGAUAGCACCAGAAUAUCUAUUGAAUGGCUCAGUUUCGGAAAAGGUAGACCUUUUUGCAUUUGGGGUAGUUUUGCUUGAAUUGAUUUCAGGAAGAGAAGACAUGGAUGGAAAAUUAUUCAAGGAGUGCAUUGGAUUUUUGGGAGGGGGAGGUAGUGAAGGUGGUUGUUUUGAACAAUUGAGGAGUUUCAUGGAUCCUUGUCUUAAGGAGGAUUACCCUCUUGCAGAAGCGUUAUGUUUAGCUGUUCUAGCCAAGGCUUGUGUGGAAGAUGAUCCUUUGCAUAGGCCAUCUAUGGAUGAUAUCAUGAAAGUUCUUGGCAGAAUGGUAUGACUGUAAGAAGUUAUAAUUAGUAAAUAUUGAAGACCAUUUUAUCUCUUGGAAAACAGCUUUGUGGUUUGUGCAUGUUAUCUUUCAUUACCAAUUAUAGAGGUAGAUUUGAUUUU